AUGACUAGAUGUGAAAUUAAUUCAGAUGAGGCUUAUUUAGCCUAUUUAACACAAGGACAAAUUGAUGAACUAUAUCAGUCGCAUGAAGAUCAUCGGUGUGUUCCACCACCACCUCCACAAUUCUAUACAACUAGAACUGGCUUAGAAUGUCGUCGUUAUUUUUGUCAAGUCUGUGGUCCACUUGCUAAAACAAAUUUAAAAACUGGUCCUUCGUGCGUUAAAAAUAUUGGAACACUUCAGCGUCGAUUAGAUUGGAUUACAGGAACAACACUUCCUGAUGCUUUAACACGAUCACGUGAAGUAAUGCUGCAUUUUAAAUAUAAUAAUCAGUAAACAAUUUUGUAGUAAAAUUGAAUAAUGAAUAUCUGAACACUUAAAAUAAUAGUUAGCAGUGAUAAAAUUAUUAUGCAUUUGUGUAGAUAUAAUUGAUGAGG